AUGCUCAAGAUUGUUCAUCGCCAGGUGAACUCGCCAUUCGCAGGUGACGAGUCGGAAAGGGCGCAUUUCUCUUCAGUGACGAAGGCCUGCGAGGCCACCGGGUAUCCUGUCACUGCUGCAACCUCGCUGUUGAUUGGCACACCGACGCCAACAGCGACUAGUUGCACCGGAACCACAUAUACUAUUCAGCCCACCGAUGACUUCUACUCCAUCCCCAAAGCUCAGUCCAUGGGGACUGACCAACUUCUACGCUCGAAUGGACUGUCCUAUCUGAAGGACGAUUUCCCGACUACAGGCAACCUGUGUAUCGAAAAUAAAUGCCAGACACACGUGUUGGCAGUGAACGAGACUUGCGCCUCGAUUGCGGCCGCUGCUGAUAUCUGGCAGGUGCAGCUUCUAACGUGGAAUCCCAACAUCAACCCUUUUUGCAGUAAUUUGGAAGCUUUUGUGGGAAAUACGUUCUGCAUCAGUAACCCUCUGGGUGACUAUAGCCUCCCUGAUUCCCCAGUCGUUACUUCUGUUCCAACGCCAGAGUCAGCUUAUCUUCUCAUUUUCUGCUUCUCAUCACUGACUCUCGCCAGGCCCGUCCCGAAUAAUAUUGGUCCCAAUGUGAACACCCGAUGUGGUCGAUACCACACCAUUGCGGAGGAUGAGGAUUGCGCCACGAUUGGCCUCAAGUUCAACAUUGGCCUUGAAGACUUCAUCUUCCUCAAUACAGACGUGAACGCCAACUGCUCUAACUUGUGGCUCAACUCCAGCUACUGUGUCCAGCCUGUUGGUGAGAUCUCCACCUGUCCUGGAUACUUGCCUGGACCUACGGCAACACGACCACCUUUCGCAGCUGGCCCCAGUACUUCUAUCCCCUGGUAUGAUCCGGACCCAACACAAGAUGCAGACUUGCUGGUCAUUCCACUGGCCAACCUCACCCGCACCGACUGUUGGGACUACAUCUGGAUCAAUAAUACAGACUCAGAUUGGCUGGGCUGUUGGGACUAUGCAUGGGCUUCCGGCAUUGAGCCCGAUCAAUUCGCCCUGUGGAAUCCAUCCAUUGACCAAAACACGGAAGACAGUUUGGAACCGAAGUAUGACUACCCUUGUACUCUGAAACCUUCUGUUUCAUAUUGCAUUGGGCUAACAAGCCCGACUCCUGGUAAGCCUUCUGUCAAUCCUAAUCCUCUUGCUCUGUCUGUUUUUCAUUAA